CGGACAGGAGAUCCCGAUCCUGUGAACUGCAGAGGAUGAGAAACGUGCGAAUAUUCACUGAUGGUUUUAUGUAGUUGGGAUGGUUAUUAACCAGCGCGCCUAGCGCUGUUUUAAAGCCACUUGCCCGUCGCUUUAUAAGUCUGAAUAGGAGAGAAAGCAAGCCGGGUAGUGAUCAGCUAUUCGGACCGGUAACAAACGUUAUAAGGCAAAUGUUCUGCGACAGCUAGUCAACAACUGGGACAGGGACAUCAGCGUGGAUCUACACAAAAGGACUCGGACUUGAGUGAGCGACUGUGCGAGAAGUGAGCCAUGCCAUCAGUGAUGGAGCGAUCAGGGUCUGGUGUUCUGUCCCGAAGCAGGGCAAAAACAGUCACUAAUGGCAACAGCCAUCAUUCAGAGGAAGAGAGCAGUGAUGAGGAUCACUCACAGGACAGUAUGAUCCGCGUUGGUGGAGACUACCAGGCACAGAUCCCAGAAUUCAAACCAGACUGUGCAUCCCGCUUCAGUGAGAAGGACCAAAGGAGCAUGCUGGUCUGGUCACCAAAUAGCCAAGUGUCUGAUGCCAUGUUGGAUGAAUACAUUCUGAUGGCCAAAGAGAAGCAUGGGUACAACAUGGAACAGGCUCUCGGGAUGCUUCUAUGGCACAAGCACGAUGUGGAGAAGUCACUGGCUGACCUGGCCAACUUCACUCCCUUUCCUGAUGAGUGGACAGUAGAAGACAAAGUUCUGUUUGAACAGGCUUUCAGUUUUCAUGGCAAGAGCUUCCACCGCAUCCAACAGAUGCUGCCAGACAAGCUGAUCUCAAGCCUGGUGAAAUACUACUAUUCCUGGAAGAAAACCAGAACCCGGACCAGCGUCAUGGACCGCCAAGCACGCAAGCUCCUCAGCAAGAGAGAGAAGGAUGAGAGUAAUGAAGAGAUCGAGGAAGGAGAUCCAGGAAGUGAUGGUGACUUUGAGAUCAACACCAAGAAAGAGGCUACAAAGCAGAAUGCUGGAAAUGGAGCAGUGGGUGAUAAGGGCCCGAGCAAGUCUGGUCCGACUCGGAAAGAGAAUCAGGGUGCGCAGUACCGACACCACCCUCUGCGGGCUCGCCGGAGGCCUCCUAAAGGCAUGUACCUGGAGCAGGAGGACAUUGUCGCGCUCUCAGCGUCCACUGAUUCAGGAACUUUUUCUGUCAGACAGCUGGACUCACAGCUAGUGUCACUUAAAAGACAGGUCCAAAGCAUCAAGCAAACCAACAGCGUUCUCAAGCGCAACUUGGGUGAAGGCACUGAGGGCAUGAUACCGUCAGAGCCCACCCAAAAAAUUAACUCUCGCUGGUCGACGGAGGAACAGCUCCUUGCUGUUCAAGCUGUCAGGCGAUAUGGUAAAGACUUUGCAGCCAUAGCAGACGUGAUUGGCAACAAAACGGUGGCACAGGUGAGCUCAUUCUUUGUCAGCUACCGAAGGCGCUUCAAUCUUGAGGAGGUGCUACGUGAAUGGCAUGCAGAACAGGAAGUGGUUCAAGGGAACAGUGAGAGAACUGCGGACACAGAGCCGAAUAGGUCGCCAGAAGGGGAAGAUGAUGAGGUUAAGAUGGAUUGCAUCUCUCCCCCACACUCUGACAGUUCUCUGCCCUCCUCUGACAUCAAUGUUGCUGGGAACUCCCACUCUGUCCAGUCCUCCCCACCUCUCACUCAGCCACCACCCUUGCUGCGCCCUGCUCCCCCCUCAGCACCUCCUAGCCUGCUCCGCCAGCCUCCCCCACUACAAACACGACCUCUACAGAAUCGGACGCCCCACAAUCACCCUCCUCCUCCGCUCAUCAGACCUGCAGUGGUGUCCUCGCUCCACCAGGGGGCACUGAGGAACUCUCUAGGCUCCUCCUCUGCCGGACAGCUGCCGCCCUCUCUGGUUGGGCUGAAGGUGGAAUCCCCUCAGUCACACUGAUUGCCAUGUAGUGGUAGCCCUCUUACAGUGAUUUGUGUGUGUGUGUGAGCCACAUCCACACAUGGAGAAAUUGCAAAACUGGUCUCAAGUCAAUGUAACAGGGCAAUAUCUAUUAAUGCCUCUUGAGGGAUAGGACAAAAGUAGUCGUGCAUAAAAGCAUAAGCUGGGUUGAAAAUAUGGAUAUGCACCAAAAUACAGGUCAGGGUAGGUGAGACAGCAACACACAAGGAUGAAUAAAUGGUGUUCUUCCUAAUGAACUACAUAGUAUGAUUCCCUUUCUUCAGGACAGAAGAGAACCCUCCAUAUACAUGCAACCAGCUAAUAUCCUCACACCUCUAAGAGAAACCUCAGUCUAGCCAAAAAACGAUAUACAUUACUGCUCCACAAACUCACCUGUCCUCAGGAUUUACAGUUAUACCUCUUAAGCACAGCUGUCUCCACUGUAACUACAGCUAUUGAAACACCAUCCGUCAUAAAAUAGCUCAGCGACUUAGUAGAGAUGUUAGAAUUUUAACCAAAUUGCAGGGUAAAAACCUUAUACACUGGAUUGCGACGGUAAUUAAAACCUGCCACAAGAACAGACUCGUGUGAGUUCCUUCCACCAUCUCUAUGGCGAAAGCUGCACAUCACCAAGUGUUUCACUAAAGACACCACCUGGUGUCAUCAAACUGGGAAAUCAUGUACACUCAGUAUCCCAUUUGAAGAGCCAUGUUGAUACUGGGUGAAGUAGCUUUUGUUGUUUGUGUAAUUAGGUCCUUAAGAUAUUGUUAGAUAGUGAAUUUAUGUAGUACUAGUUAAUAUUGACUAAGCACUAAAUGAUCAAAUGCAAAUAUUUUUUAUUUGUUGCAACUGAAAUACACUAUAUCAUCUUGCUCUUAAAGGCACAAACGUGAGACAUUAAAACACUAAAGAUGAUUGUGCAAGACGAGUUCUCAUUUCUUCCAAAAUGUUGUAUGUAUGUGAGAACUGUUUACAUGUGUAACUGGAUUUGCUUGACUAUUUUUGUUUGUUUUAAAAAAAAAAUCAGAAUAAAGUGAAAAUGACCAAACGAGUUUGUUGUUACUUAAAGGGAAGCUAUAGAUAUUUUACAUGUAAGACCACUGAA